UGCUCAGCUCGCACAGCCGCGACGUCCCGACCGACGACGACCACACAGCCCAACCCAACCCACUGGCCAGCCGGGAGCCUCCUUUUCACCCUUCCGUCUGCCGUCCCGUCCCAGAAGAGGCACGGUGAAACGCGGCAUCGACGUCCAACAUCCAGCAUUGUUUAGUGGCCUCGUGCUCCCUCGCACGCCUCCAGCAAACAACCCGCCCCGAGCAAUACAUGCCGCAGUGGUCUGCGAAUGCCGCUUUGGCGACCCGAUCUCCAUUUCCCAUCCUAUUCAGCCCACCGCUUCGGCUCACGGCCUGACCGUCGGCCAUUGACGCGCACGUCUGGUCGCCACCCUCUCGACGCGUCUCGAUUCGCCAACCAUGGCUCACAGGUUGGCUGCUGCCAGAGCCGGUGCCGACCUCGAGGCAUUGUCCCCUAGGGAUGCCAACGCCCAGAGAGUGCCCAAGGUUGCCGAGGCCAAGACGAAGACGGCUGCGCAGUUGAGGGCCCAAAAGGACAAGGAGCACCCGCCGCCGCCUCCCCCCGAGAUCACGGAGCCCUCGAGCAACGAUCGCCCGAAUGGAGCCGUCUACCAUGUCGGCAAGCUGCUAGGCAAGGGCGGUUUUGCCGUCUGCUACAGCGGCCAGCUCGCCGCUACCAAGCAAAAAUAUGCCCUGAAAAUCGUCAAGAGCCGUAUGCCGCCCAAGAUGGAGCAAAAGUUCCAAACCGAGCUGCAAAUACACUCCAAGAUGAGGCACAAGAACGUGGUUCAGUUCCUGCGAGCCUUCUCCUUUGACAAUUGCACGUACCUUGUUCUCGAGCUCUGCAACAACGGCACCCUCAUGGACAUGGUGAAGCGGCGCAAGGGCCUCACCGAGCCCGAAGUGCGCUUCUACUCGGUUCAGGUCGCCGGCGCCAUCAAAUACAUGCACGGCAAGGGCAUCAUCCACCGAGACCUCAAGAUGGGCAACAUCUUUCUCGAUGCUCAGAUGAAUGCAAAAAUUGGCGACUUCGGCCUGGCCGCCUUAUUGGUGACGGGUCGCGACAUGCAGACCAUCCGCCGCACCACGUUGUGCGGGACGCCAAACUACAUUGCCCCCGAGAUCCUGGAAAAGGGUAAGAAAGGGCACGACCACAUGGUGGAUAUUUGGAGCUUGGGCAUCAUCAUGUUUGCCAUGUUGACGUCGAAGCCGCCUUUUCAGUCUUCGACGACGGACGAGAUUUACCGCCGUGCCAGGGAGCGAGACUACGAGUGGCCGACGGCCGAGUCGUCCCAAAAGAUCAUCAGCCAUGAUGCAAAGGACCUGGUCGCCACCAUGCUCCAGGACGCCGAUAUGCGACCCGACCCGGACGUCAUAGUCCAGCAUCCCUUCUUCAUCUCGGGGUACAUGCCAACCGAAAGCGACAUGAGCCUGCGGCUGCGCGAAGUACCGCCCGAGCGCGAGGAGUUCUACGCUACGCGCAUGAGCACCUCGAUGCAGGCACAGUCGUACCGCAACCUAAAGAACAUGUGCCGGGAGUGCUGCGUGGGCCCCUGGACUCCGGUGCAGGUCAUCCACACGCAGGUCUGGAAGGAGAUGGCGGCCGAGGAGAAGGCCGGGAUGACUCCAAUGAUCCCCUUGGCCGAGAACCUGGUAUACCGGCCCUUUGACGACUGGCUCAGAGAGCAGCAGCAGCGUCGUGCCAAGAGCUCGUCGUCCAUCAUGUCGUACUCGUCGCAAUCUGCUUCAUCGUCAGAUGACCAGCUGGCCAGCACGUCAAGACCUCCCACGGGAUUGCUCCGACAGCCGCCGCAGAGCUUUGCCGCCCAGCAGCGAGCACAGAGCAGACCCGCUGCGUCUACCGUCGCCAAGUCCAACCCCCCUGUCGACCCCAUGCUCAGCGCCUCCCAGAGCAUGCGAACGCGAUCUCGACAGGAUGUGAUGCGCGACAUGGCUUCCAGAGAAGCACCUGAGGCAACUGGCACUAUGAAGAGCAUGCGUGGAUCCACGCGCCCGCAGCUCCCUGCAACGAGAUCCGCUCCCAGUCUACAGGUCGCUGAGAGAGCGGCGACCCUUACCUCGGAGCGGCCGUCCCUGCACACGCGCCAGAAGUCGGACUCGAUUCGGACUGCGUCUCUGUUUGGUCCGACGGAAAGACCGCAAGAGGUCUCUGGCACGCAGCCUGAUGUCAUUCUGGAUCGAUUGAAACGACUGCAGACGGAGCUUGAGAGGGCUCUCAACGCGCGGACAAUGGCUAUUGUCUCGUCCAAGACGGUCACGCCGCCUCACCCACAUGUCGUCGUCAAGUGGGUCGACUACACAAACAAGUUCGGUCUCGGCUACAUUCUCAACGAUGGAAGCGUUGGAUGCAUCUUGCGCGACAUCCCCACGACCGAAGGGAGCAAGACGGCGAUACUGCCGCCGGCCGGAGUCUUCAUCCGCGGAGCUGAAAAGCACAUCCUUCGCCGGCAAGACGAAACGUACCUCGACCGAAACCAGCCUAUCCCGAUGAACCAGUCCAUCAAAUUCUUUGAGAACAACGGGGAGAGUGGUCUGGCCGAGGUUUCGGUGUCUCCAGAGCAUUUCAGAGUCGCGAUCAACGAAGACGGUACCGCAGGCAAGAUGAACCCCGGAAAGGACAUCUUCCAACACCGCAAGCGCGAGCGCAUCAUUCUGUGGAAGAAGUUCGCCAACUACAUGAUUGCCUACGGCAGAGAUGAGGCUAUCCCCACCGAAGACGCCGACACGGGCGGCGUCAUGUCUCCUGGCCAAAAGGGUACGCCGGCGGAGCUGGUAACGUUCUACCAGCGGUUCGGCGACGUCGGCUGUUGGGUCUUUUGCGAUGGCCAUCUGCAGUUUAACUUCCCUGACCACACCAAGAUCGUGCUCGAUGCGACGGGCACCUGGUGUCACUUCUGGCAUCUCCCGCAAGAAGCAGCCGAGCAACUCGCCAGUUCGGGCACGAUAGGAGCGGCCGCUCUGGAUGACCGCGCCACGCUGUCGUACCCUCUGCAGACAUUGCUCAACUUCCAGUCCAAGCCGUCUACCACCCGCGGCGGGCGCACGAGUACGACUCGAAAGCGCCCCGAGAUUGAGCCCGAGCUGCAGGGAAUCCCCGCGGCCAAUGACUUCCGCCGCAAGAUUGAGUUCAUCAAGAACGUGGUCAAGGAGUGGGUGUACAACGGCGGCAUGGGCAACAGCUCCAUGAGCCGCGAGACGAGACUGCGUUGGACUGGCUACCGCGAGCUCGUCAACACGACGGUUCCGCAGAAGCACGUCUGGGUGACCAUCGGCUCCCGUUGGGGAGACCAGCGCCUGUCGACGUAUGUCGAUCCCCGCAAGCCGUGGGAGCUCGGCGAGGACGUGGACAGCGCGUCCAAGAAGUGAUGUCGGCUAUGGGUGCCUCUGGAGACGGAGGUGAGGCGUGUGCCGCCUUGGGGCUUUUUCUCGAUUCUGUGACCUUUUCCCAUAUACCCUUCUGAAGCUCCCAGCCGGGUUCUGGCCCUAGCGAGCGGGUUCAUGGCGUUGCUGAUUCGUGCCUAUUUAUUUAUUCAUCUUCUUCACGGCCAAGGACGCGGGGAGAGCAUGAGACGAUUGAAUGACCUGCCUUUUUUUCCCCUGACGCCCAUGCGUGCGCCCUGGUUGUGUGUGCAUGUGUGUGUGUUGGCCUCUUUGGGUUCUGUUUUCUUGUAUGUUCGGUUAAUACUGCCGCCUACCGGCCUGUGCUCAUAACAAUGACUGGCGUUAAGACCC